AUGUCGAUUGUCACGAAUGAGAUCGUGGCGACUGAGCCUGAAAAUCAUGUCAUCGAUAACCUACCUUCCGAGAAAAAAGAUUUGAGUCCAGAGGGCUCCGCGGAUAAUGAGAAAAUUAUUGGUGAUGAAACUACUAAUAGCGACAAUGACGCCCAAGCGACAUCUGAGAAAGGAGAAAUACUACCCACUCCACGGGAGACGAGUAGCGAUGAAAAUUAUAUAACAUUUUAUCAUGACGACAAUAAGGAAUUCAUAAUACCAUGGACCAUAUGCAAGACUUGGAAGGGGAUGAAAGAUUUUAUCAAGUUAUCGUAUAGAAACGACGAAGAUGCCAAAACAGAAAUCGACGAGGACAAGUUCGACCUCUACGUAGAUAGGAGUUUUAUUUUCCCGCAUACUUGGGAAGAUUUAGUUCAGCGAGGGUGGGGAGUCUCUAUCCGACUUAAUUCAAAAGCUCAUCUGCACCAAGAUGAGGAAACCGAUUCCGACAGAGAGGAAUCUGAAGAUGAAAACGAAAAAGAUGAAACUGAUGAAAAUUUCGAGGGGAAAUACGAGGUGAAGACCACGUACACGAUCGACUACUAUGAAAAACGCUACGGAGACGAUGAGCUAUUAUUCACCACAUCUCACGACGAUGCUAUUGAGUUGAACACCUCGGGACAUCGCGGCAAGAAAGUUUCUAUACUCGAGGAGAAAACAACGGUGAUGUGCAGAAGGCGCUAUAAUAGGCGUCCAGAUUCCGUGUUAAAACGAGCACCGAAGCUUGACGAUGGUGAUCGUAUCGAGAAGAAGCAUCUAGUCAUUAACUCUCCACUCUUGAUAAACGCUCUUCGAUCAGUUGUGAAGUACGCAUCCGAUGGACCAUCCGGGGACGAAGUCGAUGAUCUUAAGGCAGGAAAGUUCUCACAUCCAUAUCGAGAUCUAUUCUAUUACCGGCAAGAGCUCAUCGACUUUAAAAAUCAAACCACGGGGAUCCGAUCGAAUCAUAGCCAACGAUACAAUGAAGAAUGCGAUAAACAUAUCGACUUCCUACUCAAGUUUCUUGAGAACGAACCUACUGUCCAAGUCAAAGCGCUAGAAGCUCGAUGGGCAAAGAAAGUGCCAACAACCACGUUUGCGGGACUUUGGCUUUUAUUGAAGCCUGGGUCUGAUGUUUAUGUCCUCCAAGAUGGACAAUUGAACGCGUAUGUGGUUGAUUCAAUUAGUGGCGGCGUCGAGCACUUCUUUAGGGGACUAUGGUCUGUCAGUAUUGGAAGUUAUACAGUCCGCUUGUGGAAUUUGGUUUACAACGGGAAGGUAAUAACGCGGAGGUCCAAGGAGGUUGUCAUACCGGUAUUUGACAAUGAGCGGAACAUAACAUCGUUACCAGUAUUCCCGACCAGAUUCCAGGAUCAGAUGGAUGGCGGUUUGCGAAGGAAGCAACUCAUUGAACGAGGCCAGAAGCUAUUUCAGUUUGCUAAAGGGCCUGCGUUCUUGGAAUAUACCGGCUCUGGAUUAAGGCCAGGUUGGAAAAAGUACAACCGAGCCAGAGUCGUCAUUGAACAUGAAUCUCGACCAUGGAUUAACGGGGAUUUCGACCGAAUACUAGAUUGGGAAUUAGACGAAGAUGAAUACUCAACCGAAAUCAGAGAGAGGGCCAGAACUCCUCACUGCGAGUGUACCGCUUGCAACCGAACGAAACUUGGUCAGGAGACUUACGUAUCAGGGACGUUUAGCGAUUAUGACGACAUUGAUCCAAAACGUUCGCUGCCACCCACAGAACACCAGUCCCUUAUAUGCAUGUCCCAUAUGUUUGGUUUUGUUCUCAAGGAUCGCAUGUAUGAUCUCAUCGAUGUCGGCGGCCUAAGUACCCCGAGGAUCGCCAAGGACGCAAUAGACCAACUAGUGAUGCGACCCGCAUCAAACAAAGAGACGAUCAAGGCGAUCGUCCAGACUUAUACCGACACUGGUAGUCAAGCCGAGCUUUUCAGCGCAGACUUCAUCCAUGGUAAGGGUGAGGGUCAGAUAUUUCUCCUACACGGACCGCCUGGUACCGGGAAAACACUCACGGCUGAAUCCGUCGCUGAGUACACCAAAAGGCCAUUGUUAAGUAUCACCGCGGCUGACCUGGGUCACGAACCGAUUGAAUUGGAGAAAAACCUUCUCCGAUUUUUCAAAGACGCCAAUAACUGGGAUGCCAUUGUAUUGCUUGACGAAGCCGACAUAUACCUCGAGCGGCGCUCAACUAACGAUCUCAGACGGAACAGUAUCGUGUCAAUCUUCCUACGAGCUCUCGACUAUUUCCAAGGUAUCUUGUUCUUGACCACGAACCGUGUCGGCCAUUUUGACGAGGCAUUCCUGUCCCGCAUUCACGUAGCAAUCGGCUACGAAACCCUGGACGAUGCUGCGCGGGAACAGAUAUGGGAUAACCUCUUCAAGAAGCUCAAGGAUGAUCACAAGCACGGCGGCCCCGAGAUUCAUUACGAAUAUGAAGCUAAGCAAUACGUCAAGAAGGACGACGAGCUCAAAUCGUUGGAAUGGAAUGGUCGCGAGAUCCGGAACGCUUUCCAAUCAGCUGUUGCUCUCGCCAUCUACGACUCCAGAGUGGCUAGGGAAAAGGGAGUGUCUGUUGAAGAUUCUGUCCCAGAGGUUAAAGAGAGUCAUGUGAAGCAAAUCGCGAAGAUGUCUACAGCGUUCAAGAAUUACAUGACGUCAACUCAUGAAGGAGUUAAGGACUCGGAUCUUGCAUAUAAGAUUGGGAUUCGGAAUGACAAGUUCAAUGUGUCUCAGGGGACAGAAAUACCGAACUUCCGAUAGAGUUACUCACCUAGUUACUAUAUAGGAUAGAGAGGUUAUUGGGAUAUAGAUUGAAUCGAAUUUUGAACGUAUCCUUUGCAUAAUAUACAAGAUCAAAAAUAAGGGGGGUUGCCAAAGAGUAAGUUGAAAUAUUGUCAAGGGGAGAGCGACCCGU